GAACAAAGUUGUUCACUGGGGAUUCAUUCAUCAAGAAGUGACAAACGACAUUGGGAUGCACGUUAUCAAAUUAUUUAUAUUUUUGUGUUAAAUCAAAAUUUGUCUUAAUGUUCCCUGCAAGAAUAUUGAUCGUUUCUUUAUUUAUAGUAUAUUCAAAUAAAUAUUCUUUCGAACAAUUCACAGAGUUUUUGUCAAACCAAGGGGGGUUGGCGAAUGUCUUUAGUUUUUUAAUCAAUAGUAGGCACAAAAUUUAGGGGCUUUUUUGAGAGCUCUAUAAAAGUUCUCAUUGUCGUUUCCAUGUCAGCUGGUGCAUUUUUUGGUGUUGCACUUCUCCUGUUCUAUAACAAGCCUUCUACAUUUGAGAAAAGUGGGAUUGAGACUAAAAAAAUUCCAAGCAUUAUUACAUCUAGGAAUGUCAAUGUCAUGAAUGCUCCAACGGUUAGUAGUCCGCGUGGAGUGGCUGGCAGUUUGGGUUCCUUGACAGAGAUUAGGAACAAAAUUGGCUGCUUUAGAGACUUGCUUGAUUUCUCACCUUGCGCCGGCUCUGCUACUCUGCUUGAGCUGUUAGUGUUGACCCCACCCCUUCAUGAUAUAUUCCAACGGUAUCCUAAGAUCAAACCGGCCUCAGAAUUUCAGGGCGCGGGCAUUCAUGAGCUGUGUUGA